CAACUAGAGUAAAAUCCAUGAAUGAGCAUGUAAUGUCGAAAUUGAAGGAAAGUCACUUUUACGUCCAGUCCAGUUCAUCUGUUUUAGCUGAAAGUGUUUAGACACGUGACUUUAGUUUUGUAGGCGGUCAUUCCUGCUACGCUGAAGAGAUUUAGUGUGUUUUCGCGAAGCUGGACUGUGUGGCUGGGCAGCUUAUAUCGCGUCUGUAUGUUCUGCAGUGCUUGCGUUUUUCUUUCAUAGAAUGCCGUUUCAUUUUUAGAAGUUUGUUGCAACGAACUGGAAAACAACGAUUAAAGGGCCUGACUCCGAAAAUGAGAUACUGGUCCGUGUGAAAAUUUCAGCUGCGUGUCAUUAAUGUAGCGUGAGACAAACGACCUCAGUUGCUUUAGUUUAUAACGUCGCGUCCACAGUUAAAAGACUUACUAUGAAUGUAUAUGUGCUUCGAAAAAGCUUUUUCAACCACUGUCUGAAAAUCUCCAAGAAAAAUGAAGUGCAUGAAGGAGGUCAGUGGCUGCAAAUGUGCAGAUCCAAAACAUAUGCACCAAAAAACUUCUGCGAUUAUGAGAGCAUGAGGCGGACUUACAACAUACGAGUUCCUCAGCGGUUUAAUUUCGCCAAGGACGUGCUGGAGCAGUGGGAAACAAAAGAAAAGAACGGACAGAGGUCGUCUCUUCCAGCUCUGUGGUGGGUGAAUGACGGCGGGGAGGAGGUCAGAUGGAGUUUUGAGGAGUUGGGCUUCCACUCCAGAAGACUUGCAAAUGUUCUGCAUCAGGAGUGCAGUUUGGAGAGAGGGGAUCGUGUGUUCCUCAUCUUACCCAGAGUCCCUGAGUGGUGGCUGGUUAACGUGGCAUGUCUCCGAACAGGUACGGUUCUGAUCCCCGGCACGUCUCAGCUCACUGCUCGAGAUAUCUGCCACCGGCUGCAGACGUCUGGGGCCAAGUGUGUGAUCACAGAUGAAACUUUGGCUCCACUGUUGGACACAGUAGCUUCAGACUGCCCUUCCAUCUCCACCAAGCUUCUGCUGUCCCACAGGGCCAUGCACGGCUGGGGCAACCUGACCGAACUCAUGGGAAAAGUGUCAGAUGAUCAUGUUUGCAUGGACACCAGGAGUGAGGAGGCCAUGACUAUCUUCUUCACCAGUGGCACAACCGGCUCUCCAAAAAUGACCCAACACAGCCACUGUAGUUACGGUCUGGGGCUCUCGGUGAACGGCAGGUACUGGCUGGAUCUGACCGAGCAGGAUGUGUUUUGGAACACGUCGGACACAGGUUGGGCCAAGUCUGCAUGGAGCAGUGUGUUUGCGCCAUGGAUCCAGGGAGCGUGUGUGUUUGUUCACCACAUGCCACGUUUUGAUACAAGUACAGUCCUCAAGACUCUGAGCAGCUAUCCCAUCACCACCUUCUGCACGGCACCAACAGCCUAUCGAAUGCUUGUACAGGACGACAUAUCCAGGUUUACGUUCAGGGCUCUUGAGCACUGUCUGUGUGCAGGAGAGCCCAUUAACCCAGAGGUGAUGUGGAAAUGGAAAGAACUCACUGGACUGGACAUCUAUGAGGGAUACGGACAGACUGAGACUGUAAAUAAACAUUUAAAGGAAUACGCUUUGAUAGAGCAUCCAGCCGUAGCAGAAUCUGCUGUGGUCAGCAGCCCUGAUCCAGUUCGAGGAGAGGUGGUGAAGGCUUUUGUUGUGCUCACAGCAGAUUAUAAAUCAAGAGACCAUAAGGAACUGAUCCAGGAACUGCAAACACAUGUGAAGACUGUGACGGCUCCUUAUAAAUAUCCACGCAAGAUUGAGUUUGUGGAUCAUCUUCCCAAGACAGUAAGCGGCAAAAUCAGGCGAGUGGAGUUAAGAAAGAAGGAAUGGGGACAGCAAACAAGCAAACAAAUCUGGAAAUGAGAAAACAAAUUUCUGGACAAAUCACAUUCCACCUUUUUAUAUACAACAUUCCCAGAUGUCUUCCCACUUUAAUGCACCACAUUUAAGGAUCUACACACCCGUAGUCCUUCAGCUCACCUGCAGGUGGAGGCAUUUCAUAACAAUCAAGUUGCAGAACUCAUUUCUAAUUUCAUGCAUCAAACAUUUUAUAUGAUUCUACCUCAUGUUUAAUCAUGUUUAAGUGGAGUAACUCAAAAUUUAUAAGCCUUGCAGUUCAAAUGCGUUUUAUUCUUUUCAUAUUAAAUUGUAGAUCAUAUUCUGCAUAUGCAAAACCUAAAUGUGAAUUAAUUUGUAUUUAUAUAAUUAAAAGCCUAUUUUUUGAGUAAGUAAUAAAAGCAUUUUUGGGUGACUAUAUGUCAGAUAAAACUUGUUUAUAAUCUCUUCUAAACACCGUGAUCCUUUUUUCCUCAAGAGCAUGGUCAUGUGACUGAUGACAGAUGGCAGACACAAAUCUGAUCUGUGCUGAAUGAUGAGAGGAUUGUGAGGUUAUAAAGAUUUCUGAAUUUACCCUACAGAAAGGAAUGAGGAAUGCAGUGAUUUUUCAGAUGACAAAUCUGUUAGUAAAUUAGUCUUGACUACUAAUGGAGAAAAACAGAUGACCUGUAGCUUGUCAAAAAUAAUAACAAUGUGACAACUUUUGAAAAAUGAAAGGCUAGAUUUUAUUUUCACACUGCCAAAACUUUAACCAAGCUGUAAAUUUCCCUCUCGUUAUUCAAGGACCAUAGAGGGUGAAAUUUUUGUGGUGCGGCACACUCACUGACUGCAGUAAUGAGACAGGUGCUGUUUAAUUGACCUGUUAAUGGGUCUUAUGCUUAUCAGGUGGAAAAACAGCCAUAGACUUAAGCCAAAAUAUGCCAGACCUCAGCCAUUUAAACUGCUUCAUGGCAUGUCAUUAAAUCAGACUGUAGAUGUUUGUUAUGACAGCCUGAAGGAUGUCGGCCUGAAAACACAGCUUGUUUGUGUAUGCAGAGAUGUGUUUGUGGAUCAAUCUGUCGGUUUUGGUUUGCAGCGAGUAAUUUGAAUAGCUCAAACUGCUAACAGACUGUCAAAACCUGAGCUGCUUACCUGUCCUUACAAAAAAGUACUGUGGC